AGUCAAAUUUCUGAGAUUGCGAAUGUCACCUGCAAGUCAUCUGCAUCAGUCAACAGUCAAUAUUUUGUGCAAAACUGCAAAAGAUAUCGAGUCAAGACGCAUUUGUGUGUAAAAAUAUGUUUUUUAAUAUUUGAUAUUAUUUUGUUUUUCAAAUUGAUUUUUACUAAAAAUGGCUCUAUCCUUUAGAGUUUUAUACCGAAGUAAUGUUUAUUUUCAAAACAUAACCAAACCGGUAAAAUGGAAUGUGAGGAAAAAUUACCUCGUUAGAUACUUAUGCAAUGGUGUAGGCUAUCAAAAUAAUAGUAUACAGAGGUUCAUAUAUACGAAACAGGACCUAACCUCAAUAUAUACACCUUUACGAUGCAUGACGCAAAAUUGCAGCAAUGCUAAGCCACCACCACCACCAGAAUACCCAGAGAACAAAAAAAGUCUUAUAAAAAGAUUUAAACAAAUGUAUAAAGACUAUUGGUACGUUCUAUUGCCAGUGCAUAUGACAACAUCAGCUAUUUGGUUUGGAGGCUUUUACUAUUGUGUAAGAAGUGGUGUAGAUGUUAUAAGCUUGCUAGAAUCAAUUGGUAUUAGUGAUAAAUUAUUAAAUCCUUUAAAGGAUUCAAGUGCAGGGUACUUUGCACUUGCACUGGCUUUAUAUAAACUAAUAACACCUUUGAGAUAUGCUGUCACUAUUGGUGGAACAACCUAUGCUAUUAAAAGGUUGACGGCUAUUGGCUGGAUAAAACCUGUCCCUUCAAGAGAUCAAUUAAAGGUAAUGUUUCAAGAGAAAAGAGAUAAUAUACAAGAUCGAUUCAAUGAGAGUAAACAACAUUACCAAACUCAGUUGAAAGAAAAAGGCACACAAGUGAUGGAUGAAAUGAGAAGGUAUAAAACAGAAAUACGCAACAUCAAAAAUAAAGUAAAGAAAAUGUAGAAAGGGUGGAGGAGGAAUGAAGGCAGGAGGAAAACACUGUAUUCUUAAUUCAAUUUUUUUUUUUACUUUGUAAUUUCCUAAAAUGUUGGAUUAUGCUGAGCUACACAUGACCAACCUAUAUUCUAUAUAAAUGUAAAACGUCAUUUCUAGUAAGUUUUGUGGUCAUGCUGCAUCAGCAUAAAUCAAGCUUAAUAUUAUUAUAAGUUACGUUUGCCGUUACAUUAGAGAAAGACGUAUCAAACACAUUUUAUAGUUAAACUUUUUAUUUAUUGUUUAAAGUUAUAUAAAUACAGAAGUAUUAUUUAACAAAAUAAUCUAAAAUUAAUGAAAGGAAACUAUGAUGAAAACAUUUCAAUUAUCAAAAUGUACAGAUAUGUUUAAACAAUCAAGUUUUUAUUAAGUACCUACUUAAUAAGACAGCACAUUACUGGAAUGUUUACAAUGGUGCUUACUUCUUUUAUUAUAUUUUUAUAUUUAAAACUAUAAACAUCAGAAUAGAAGUUAUAGGCCAGAUGUGCUGUCACAACAAAUAAAAUUAAUAAAUGCAUCAAGAACAUUAUAAAAUCAAUAGAACUUGUAUCACUUCAGACUUAACCCCGCACUAACAAAAAUGUAAAAAAAAAAAUGAAAUCAAUCAAAUAAAUGAAGUUUUUCUGA